UUGGGCCUCUUAAAGGGAUCCCGAGAGGCUGCUUUCCAAACGGCGCAAAAACAAUGCUUCCUGGACAUCAAAAAGGCCUACUAAGGGGCAAAAACUUGAUUUCCUGACGGAGAAACUAAUGCGCAUGCGCCAGAACCAGGAAUCAAAGUAAUGGAACCUCAAGCAGGAGAGAAAGCCCCGAAAGAAGGGAGGAAGAAGUUCACGGUGAAGACACAGGACGAGGAAGCGGCACCGGUGAAGCCGCUCUUCAAACCGUCUUCCGUAUCCAAAGACUCAGUGGUUCCUGAAGCCACUAACGUGCCUGGUGGGAAAUCCUAUGCGGACUACAUUGUGGGGCAACAAACGGGAUCCUCUUCAGCCCCACAAGCAAAGCAAGGGACCGCCGGCAUCCCAGCUGCAAAAUCCACCACUUCUGCAAAGCCUCCUCCUUGCGAGAAAAGAAAUAUUAUUGCCAAAGGUAUAGGAGAGACCAGUUCCUCGAACCCAGUGCUGAAACCGGGGACAAAGCAGAGCAGCAUCAUUGUCAGUCCGCGUCAGCGAGGGAACCCGGUCCUGAAAUUCAUCCGCAACGUGCCUUGGGAGUUUGGAGACAUCGUCCCUGAUUAUUUGCUGGGCCAAAGCACCUGCGCCCUUUUCCUAAGCCUCCGAUACCACAACCUGAACCCCAAUUACAUCCACGAUCGGCUCCGCAACCUGGGAAAGACCUAUGCGCUGCAGGUGCUUCUGCUUCAGGUCGACGUGAAAGAUCCACACCGGGCUCUCAAAGAUCUGGCCAAGAUCUGCAUCCUUUCCAGCUGCACCUUGGUCCUGGCCUGGAGCCCCGAGGAAGCGGGCCGCUACUUGGAGACGUACAAGGCCUACGAGCAAAAGCCGGCCGACCUCUUGAAGGAGAAAGUGGACAAGGACUACCUGUCGAGAAUGACCGACUGCUUGACCAGCGUGAAGUCCGUGAACAAGACGGACACGCUGAGCCUGCUCUCCAACUUCAAAUCUCUGGCCAACCUUGUGCAAGCCUCGAAGGAGGACCUGUCUCUCUGCCCAGGGAUCGGGCCACAAAAGGCCAAGAGGCUCUUCGAUGCUCUCCACGAACCUUUCUACAAGCAUCCCAAAAGAACAGAAGCCUCCCGCGAACAGGGAAGCAAAGAGUAAACAUUUUGCAUCCAAACCCUGGGACAUUUAUGAAAACGAGAAACCUUAUUUGUUCACCGGCAACCAAUACAGCACUUGUCCCCCCAAAAAUAAAACACCAAACAGCA